GAGAAGACUAGCAGCCAUAUCCUGUUGUCUUCAUUGCUUUCCAAAAUGCUUUUAACUUUUAAAGAAGUAAACAGUUAGCCAUGAAUAAAUCUUUAAAAUGAACAUCAAGAAAAGUGAAGAUUCAUAAACCAGGAUGAGUCUUACAAUUAAUGCAUUUCUUCUUUACAUAUUUUCAUAUGGUGUACAAUUCUGUUUUGCCUUAGAUAGCAUAACAUCCCCUCAUUUCUUAAAAGACCCAGAAACAAUAGUCUCCAACAAUUGCUUAUUUAGAUUAGGAUUCUUUAGCCCUCCAAACUCUGCUAAUCGUUAUGUUGGCAUUUGGUAUGAUCGCCCUUCGGUAAUGGAAGUUAUAUGGGUAUCUAACAGGAAUAAUCCCCUAACUGAUUCUAAUGGUGUGCUUAAAUUAUCAGUAGAUGGGAAUCUCCAAGUCAGUAAUGCAAGAAAUACGACCCUUUGGUCAUCAAAUGUAAAGUAUACCGCUGCUGGAUCUUCUGUGGCUCAACUGUUGGAUUCUGGUAACCUUGUCAUCAAAGGAAUCACAUCAAAUGCAAAUAGUGAAAAUGGGAGUGUCAUAUGGCAGAGUUUUGAGCACCCUACAGAUUCGAUUUUACCAAGUAUGAGCUUUAAUCUUAGCCCAAAUUCUAGUUUAAGACGGGUCCUGCGAGCUUGGAGAAGCUCUUCAGACCCAUCAGAUGGAAAAUUUUCUAUUGGUACUAGAUCUUUAGAUGUGCUCGAGGUUGUCUUGUGGGACAGAGAUCAGCCAUACUGGCGAAGUGGUCCUUGGAAUGGUAAUAUUUUCCUUGGGGCAAGGUACCAGAACACUGGCUAUGGUAAAAUCGCACAGGAAGUAGUUGGAGGAAUGAAUGCCUUAGUUUUUGCUGAUGCCAAUGAGACUUUGAUGUCACAUUAUACAUUAAGUUAUCUAGGAAUAGUAGCUCAAAGAUGGUGGGAUGAUGGCAAUAAGAAAUGGGAGAUCUCAUUGAAGGCUCCAGAUAAUGAAUGUGAUAAUUUCGGAAAAUGUGGGGUAUUUGGCAGCUGCAAUCCCCAGAGUUCACCGAUCUGCAGUUGUUUGAAAGGUUUCAAACCCAAAAACAAGGAGGAAUGGAGGAGAGGGAACUGGACAAGUGGGUGUACAAGACGAAAGGAACUGCAAUGUGGUCUUGCAGGAAGUGAACAAGAUGGGUUUCUGAGAUUACAGAUGAUGAAAGUGCCAGAGAAUGCUGAACUUGUUAUUGGAUUGAACUUGGAUCAGUGUCGAACUGCAUGCUUAACAAAUUGCUCGUGCUUAGCUUAUGCUUAUGACACCCAGAUUACAUGCCUGACAUGGAGUGGAAGCUUGAUUGAUGUUGCAAACCUUUCCCCUGGUGGUGUUGAUCUGUUUCUCAGACUUGCACAAUCAGAACUAAAUAAUAAGAAAAGAUUCAAGGAAAUUAUUGCAGUGAGUAUAAUAUCAGCAGCAGCAGCAGUUUCUGCCAUUAUAUGUCUCCUAAUAUGGAUGGCAUAUAGAUCAAACUGUAAGUCGCGACCACUACGACUCACUGAAUUCGAAAAGAAAACAGCAAUACCAGACCCAUUUAUGUUUGGAGACAGAAGUGAACUUCUGAUAAAUGACUUGCAAAUACUAGAAUUUGUAAAGCUGGCCGAAGCAACAAACAACUUCAGUGUGACAAAUUUACUCGGAAGUGGUGGGUUUGGACCAGUAUACAAGGGAAAACUAGAAAGUGGCCAGGAAAUAGCUGUUAAAAGACUUUCAAGGGCAUCAGGACAAGGAGUAGAAGAGUUCAUGAAUGAAGUUGAACUCAUUUCAAAACUUCAACACCGAAAUCUAGUCAAACUGCUGGGAUGCUGUGUUGAAGGAGAAGAGAAGAUGCUGAUAUAUGAGUACUUGCCAAAUAAAAGCUUGGAUGCAUUUCUAUUCGAUCCACUGAAGCAUAAGUUUUUGCAAUGGAAACAACGAUUCAACAUCAUUCAAGGAAUAUGUCGUGGCUUACUUUACCUUCAUCGAGAUUCCAGACUGAAAAUAAUACAUAGAGAUCUUAAAGCAAGCAACAUUUUACUGGAUGAAGACCUAAAUCCCAAAAUUUCAGACUUUGGCAUGGCCAGGAUUUUCGGAGGAAACCAGGAUCAAGUUAGUACUAGGAGGAUAGUUGGAACUUACGGAUAUUUGUCUCCUGAGUAUGCAAUGGAAGGGCACUUCUCUGAAAAAUCAGAUGUAUACAGCUUUGGGGUGUUACUACUGGAGAUAGUAAGUGGAAAAAAGAACAGCAGUUUUUGGUAUCAGGAAGAUUCCUUAAGUCUCUUGGGAUAUGCUUGGAAAUUGUGGAAUGAAAACUCUAUCAUUUUACUGAUUCAACCAUCAAUAUCUAGUCCAGACAACCAAGAUGAGAUUCUAAGGUGUAUACAUGUAGGGUUGUUGUGUGUACAAACAUUAGCCAAGAACAGACCAAACACUUCAGUGAUUAUAUCAAUGCUUGUCGGAGAUAUUAUUAAUCUUCCUAGUCCUGAAGCGCCAGCCUUUGUAACACGCCAGGUAUAUACUGAUACAGGGUCAUCACAGAUUACAGAAGAGAGUUCUUCUACAAAUCAUGUUACAAUUACAAAUUUAAGUGCUAGCACAAAUCCUUUGAGUUCCAUCAAGUUUGCUGGUAAUGGCUUCACUGAUUGGAAGCGUUCUGUUGUUAUCACUCUUUCAGCCAGAAACAAACUCGGUUUCCUUAAUGGAGAUUAUCCUGAACCUGAACCUAACACAUCUGAACAUGCUGCUUGGAUUAGAUGUAAUGAUUUGAUAAUAUCUUGGCUUCUUUAUUCUUUAGAUACACAAAUAGCCAAAUCUGUACUUUACUUCAAAAUUGCUUCAGAAAUUUGGAUUGAUCUUGAAGAAAGAUUUUGUUAUACCUCUGGAGCUCAAUUAUAUGACCUUGAACAACAGUUAUAUGAAUUACAUCAAGUAACAAAGUCCAUUUCUGAGUAUUACACUAGGCUCAAAGUCCUAUGGGAUGAACUAAAUUCAGCAUUUCCUCUACCUACUUGCACUUGUAAUAAAUGCACAUGUAAUCUCACUCAGAAGAUUUUCAAGGCUCAACAAGAUCAAAGGCUUAUCCAAUUUCUGAUGAAAGUCAGUGAACACUUUACUCAUGUUAGAAGUAGCAUCCUGAUGCAACAGCCUCUUCCACCUAGGUCUCUUCCCCUCAAGCCAUAUUCAGUCAACAGAACCUUUAAUAGCAAUAAUCAACAGAAAUUCAAUGGUAGUUCUGGUUCUAAUCAAAAGUACAAUUCAGGCAAUUUUGACAACCAACAAAGAUAUAGUAGCAAGAGACCAAGUUCUUCCUAUUACUGCACACAUUGCAAGAUCCAUGGGCAUAGUAAUUCAAGGUGUUUUGAAUUACAUGGUUAUCCCCCUGGUUUUAAAGGCUUCAGAAACAAAAAUGUUGCUGCUUUAACUCAACAGUCCACUGAUUUACAAGAUCCUCCUGACAAUCCAAAAAAUGCCACUAUUCCUAUGGAAGAAUACAAAUAUCUUUUACAAUGUAUGAACAAGCAAGAAAUACCACACACUCAGUCUAUUUCAUCUGAUACUCUCCACUCAGCUCAAGCUCAAUUAGUGGGUAAGAUAUGCUUGUUAUCUUGUAUGAAGUCCUCCUGGAUUCUGGAUAGUGGUGCAACAAAUCAUUUUUGUUCAGAACUUAAUCUUUUUGAUGAAUGGCAAUCCGUUGAUGGAAAUGAAAAUUUUAUCACAAUACCUAAUGGAACUAAAAUACCAGUCAAACAUGUUGGCACUGUGAAAUUAUCUGAUAAACUCAAGCUUCUUAAUGUGCUUCAUGUACCUGACUUUGAAUUUAACCUCAUUUCUGUACACAAGUUAUCUACUGAUCUUGAUUGCAAAAUCACCUUUUCUGGUGACAAGUGUUUCCUUCAGGCUCAGAAGUUGAGAGAGCCAGCACUUCUUCUUGGUAGGCUGAGAGGUGGUCCUUAUCAUAUUGAAGAUUCUCUCUGUUACAAGGAUUCUCACUCACCUGUUCACUCUUAUGUUUCAAGCAAAUGCUUGAAUGCUACCACGGAAGCGCAGUUGUGGCACCUCAGACUUGGUCAUCUUCCCUUCAAACAAGUAAAGUCUCUUUUUCCCAAUCAACUGAAAACAGAAGACAUCAUCUGUAAGAUUUGUCCUCUAGCUAGACAAACUAGAUUUCCUUUUGAAAAUAGUUCAAUAAAGAGUUUGAAGCCCUUUCAAUUGAUACAUGUAGACUUGUGGGGUCCUUACAAGGUAAAGAAUCAUAAUGGUUUUAAUCAGUUUGUGACUAUUGUGGAUGAUUACACUAGGCAUGUAUGGAUUACAUUGAUCAAAUAUAAGUCUGAUGUAAUUUCAGUUUUGAAGAAUUUUAUUCAUUAUGUUGAAACACAAUUUUCCUCCACUGUUAUGUGUUUAAGAAGUGAUAAUGCUAGAGAAAUUAAGGAAAGUGAAAUGAAGCUGUUUUUACUAAAUAAAGGUAUCAUACAUCAAACAAGUUGUCCUGAGACUCCACAGCAAAAUGGAGUAGUAGAGAGAAAGCAUAGACAUUUACUCGAAACUGCAAGAGCACUACACUUUCAAGCCAAGUUGCCAUCUAAGUUCUGGGGGGAAUCUGUGUUAUGUGCUGCACACAUAAUCAAUAGGAUGCCACUCAAAAGCAUAAACCAAAGUUCACCUUAUGAAAGGUUAUUUGGGCAAAAACCUUCCUUACAGCAUCUCAAAUGCUAUGGCUGCCUCUGUUUUACCUCCACAUUGUCCAAUAACAGAACAAAGUUUGAUACAAGGGCAAGACUAUGUGUUUUCAUUGGGUAUCCACCACAUCAGAAGGCUUACAAGGUACUUGAUCUUCUCACCAACACCAUACAUAUUUCUAGAGAUGUUGUGUUCCAUGAGCAACAUUUUCCAUUCCACCACCAUACCUCAAAUUCUGAUCUUGCAUCCAUACCCUUCCAUGAUAUUUUCUUACCUCAUAUAACUUCUCAUUCAUCCAACAUACUAGAUGAUGAACCAGAUAUUUUUCAACACUCUGCUCCUAUUAUAGACAAUGAUCACCUUCCUCCAACUUCUGACUUAUUAAAUGAUUUCCCUGCAAUAACCACUGAUCCUACCACUUCAUCCUCUCAAACAAGGCAAUCUACCAGAAUACAUAAACCUCCUCCAUAUCUCAAUGAUUAUCUCUGUUCAACCAUUUCUUCUUCCAACUUCAAAUGCAAUGCAGUUGAAUAUUCUAGCCUACCUCAGCAACAUCAAGCUUUGUUAGCCCAUAGUUCACAAAUUCCUGAACCAACAUCCUUCUUGGAAGCAGCUUCUGAUCAAAAUUGGGUUCGGGCAAUGGAGCAGGAGCUACAAGCCUUGAGAGCUAAUGAGACUUGGGAAGUUGUGCCCUUACCAACACACAAGAAACCCAUUGGAUGUAAAUGGGUAUACAAGCUCAAACUCAAAUCAGAUGGCAGCAUCGAAAGGUUUAAAGCUAGGCUAGUGGCAAAGGGGUUUACACAAAAAUAUGGUAUUGACUUUGAAGAAACUUUCUCACCUGUCAUCAAAAUGCCUACCAUCAGAUGCUUACUUGCCCUAGCAGCACAGAAAAAUUGGGAUUUACAUCAAUUAGAUGUAAAUAAUGCUUUUCUUCAUGGAGACCUACAUGAAGAAGUCUACAUGAAGAUGCCAGAAGGAAUUCCAAAUCCAAAUGGAUAUGUUUGUAAGUUAAAGAAGUCCAUCUACGGAUUAAAACAAGCUUCGAGACAAUGGUUCUCUAAAUUAGUUAAGAAACUACAAACUCAAGGCUUCAUUCAAUCCAAAAAUGACUACUCUUUAUUCAUCAAAAGAGAGGGUGAUCAGUUGACUUUGGCCGCUGUUUAUGUGGAUGACAUCAUUCUUACAGGGAAUCACACACCUACUAUUUUGGCCUUAAAACAUCAUUUACACACAACAUUCAGCAUUAAAGAUUUAGGCCCUCUUCAUUUCUUCUUAGGCAUGAAAAUAUGUAAGACUUCUGCUGGUAUAGUCUUAACACAACACAAAUUCACCAAGGAAUUGCUCAAGUUCAGUGGUCUUGAUCUAUCCCGAAGAACUACCACUCCUCUUCCCUCAUCUUUCAAAUUACAUCCAAACAUAGGAAGUCCUUAUCCUGAUCCAGCCUUCUACAGAUCAUUAGUUGGAAAGCUAAACUUUCUUACUCACAGCAGGCCUGACCUUACCUUUGCUGUUCAAACUUUGAGUCAGUUCAUGCAAGAUCCCAAGGUUCCUCAUAUGCAGGCCUUACACCAUACAUUAAGAUAUGUUGCUGGGUCCAUUGGUCAAGAAAUUCUACUAAAAGCCGGUGAACGUCUUUCUCUUAUUGGGUAUUCAGAUUCAGAUUGGGCCACUUGUCCCACUACUAGAAGGUCCAUAACAGGAUAUCUUGUAUUAUUUGGAGGAUCACCAGUCUCAUGGAAAAGAAAGAAACAAUCCACCAUAUCCAAGUCUUCCUCAGAAGCAGAGUAUCGUGCCAUGGCUGCAGUUGCUUCUGAAAUUACUUGGUUAGUACGUUUACUAGAUGAAAUUGGAGUAUCAAAUUUAAAACCUGUCACUAUAUAUUGUGAUAAUCAAUCAGCUAUCAGCAUUGGCAAGAAUCCCGUGCAUCAUGAGCGUACAAAACACAUUGAAAUAGAUGCUCAUUUCACUCGAGAAAAGGUCCUUGAUGGUUUGUUACAGUUGCAAUAUCUUCCCACUUCUCAACAAUUAGCAGAUGCAUUCACUAAGACUCUGUCUGCAGCACAACUACAAUAUUUGAUGACCAAGCUAGGUCUAGUUCAAGCCACCAUCCCUAGCUUGAGGGGAUUAAAGCUACAUAUACCCGUGGAAAAAAUAAUACUAGCAAUCAACUCGGUAUUCCUAGCCAUGACUAAAACCUUGGAUAAACUGCAAGUAAAGACCAAGUUUAUCAACCGUAUCAAAUUCCUAAACAAAACAAUGUAUCUUCUUGAUUAUGCAUUUCUUCUGUACGUAUUUGCAUUUGGUGCAAGAUUCUGCUCUACAGAAGAUAGUAUAGCAUCAACCAAGCUUCUAAAAGACCCAGAAACUAUACUUUCCAACAACGGCCGUUUUAGACUAGGAUUUUUCGGCAUCUCGACCUUUACAAACCGUUAUGUGGGCAUCUGGUAUAAUCAUCCUUCGGAAAAGGAAGUCAUAUGGGUAGCUAAUAGGAACAAUCCCCUCACUGAUUCUUCUGGUUUGCUUAAAUUAUCAGUAGAUGGGAAUCUCAAAGUCUAUAACGCAAGAAAUGAAACACUCUGGUCAUCAAAUGUCAAUAAUCCUGGCACAAAUUUUUCAAUUGCACAACUAUUGGAUGAUGGGAACCUUGUCAUCAAAGGAUUCUCAUUUAACACGACUCAUGAAAAUGGGACAACCAUAUGGCAAAGCUUUCAGAAUCCCAGUGACUCUAUUAUACCAAAUAUGAGCUUCAGUUCUGCCCCGUAUUCUAAUUUGAGGAGGGUGCAAGCAUGGAAAAGCCCUUCAGAUCCAUCAAAAGGAAGGUUCUCACUAGGUAUAAGUGCUAAAAAUUCUUUAGGCAUUUUUGAGAUUAUCAUCUAUGAUGAAAAUAAGCCACACUGGCGAACUGGUCCUUGGAAUGGCAAUGUUUUUAUUGGAAUAAGAUCCAAUCAUACUGGUUAUGGUAAUAUCUUGGUCAGAGGAUCAUUCACACAGCAAGAAGUUGGAGGGAUGCUUUCCCUGAUAUAUGCAGCAGCAAAUCAGACUUUGUUGCCACAUUAUGUGUUAACCAAUCAAGGAAUUCUAGCUCAAAGAUGGUGGGAUGAGAACAAUAAGAGCUGGAAGAUUGCAUUUCAAGCCCCAUCAAAUGAAUGUGAUAUUUAUGGAAAGUGUGGUGAAUUUGGGUAUUGCAAUCCACAGACUGAACCAAUCUGCAGAUGUUUGAAAGGAUUUGAGCCAAAGAAUGAGGAGGAAUGGAGGCGGGGGAAUUGGACAAGCGGGUGUAAAAGAAGAAAACAACUGCAAUGCGAUGAAGCUGGUGGAGGGCAAAAUGUGUUUCUGAGAUUACAGAUGAUGAAAGUACCUGAAAAUGCCGAGUUAACUAUGGGAUUGAACAAAGAUGAGUGCAGAAAUGCGUGCUUAACAAAUUGCUCAUGCUUGGCUUAUGCAUAUGAUAAUCAGAUCAAAUGUUUGAAAUGGAGCAGAACGUUGAUUGAUGUAGCAGACCUUUCCCCUGUUGGAGUUGAUCUCUACCUCCGCCUUGCAAAAUCUGAGUUAAAUGAUAAUAAAAAAAUCAGAACCUCCAUUUUAGUGAGUGUGAUUCUAGGAUCCGUUGCGGUUGUUGCCAUCAUGUGGUUCCUAUGGAGGUUCCUAUACAAGAGAUCUCCAACAAAGUGUGAAGUGCCUCCUCUAAUAAUCUCAGAAACAGCAGAUCAAAAGGAAACAGCAGACACAUUUGUGUUGGGAGACAAAAGCAAAGUCACAAUUCAUGACUUGCAAUUUGUGAAAUUUGAAAAGCUGGUCAAAGCAACAUAUAACUUCCAUGAAAGUAAUUUGCUUGGAACUGGAGGAUUUGGCGAAGUAUAUAAAGGAAAAUUGAUAGAUGGACAAGAAAUAGCAGUCAAGCGACUCGCAAGAGCAUCCAGACAAGGCACUGAAGAAUUUAUCAAUGAAAUUCAACUAAUUUCGAAACUUCAACAUCGGAACCUAGUCAAACUCCUAGGAUGCUGUGUUGAACGAGACGAGAGAAUGCUGAUAUAUGAGUACUUGCCUAAUAAAAGCAUGGAUGCAUUUCUAUUUGAUCCAGAGAAGCGUGACCAUUUAGACUGGAAAAAACGCUACAACAUUAUCGAAGGCAUAUGUCGAGGUCUACUAUACCUUCACAGAGAUUCCAGAUUUAAAAUUAUUCACAGAGACCUCAAACUAAGCAAUAUUUUGCUAGAUAAAGACCUCAAUCCGAAAAUUUCAGACUUUGGCAUGGCUAGAAUUUUUGAGAGCAACCAAGAUAAAGCUUGUACUCAGAGGGUAGUCGGAACAUAUGGUUACAUGGCUCCAGAAUAUGUAAUGGAGGGCCACUACUCUGAAAAAUCAGAUAUUUUCAGUUUCGGAGUGUUACUGAUUGAGAUAUUAAGUGGACAAAAGAGCAACAGGUUCUCAUAUGAAGACUCUCUAGGUCUGUUAGGAUAUGCAUGGAAAUUGUGGAACCAGGACAAAAUCCUUUCAUUGAUAGAUCCAUUGAUAUCUGGUACGGGUCUCCAAGGUGAGAUUGUAAGAUGCAUCCAUGUGGGGCUACUGUGUGUGCAGGAAUAUGCCAAAGACAGGCCAAACACUUCAGUGAUUUUGUCCAUGCUCAUCGGAGAUACCGUGGAUCUCCCCAGUCCUAAACCACCAGCUUUUAUGACACGACAGAUAUAUACUGAUAGUAGAGCAUCUCAAACCGUAGAAGAUACUUCCUCCACAAAUUAUGUUACUAAUACAACUUUAACUGUGCGAUAAUAUCUCUAAUUCAGUGGAUCAUACCCUCUUAUUUAGCUUAGGUAUCCCAUUUUUUCACACUAUUCAUCGACCACAAUUAACUGUAUUUUUUACAUAAUUAAUAAGUCAAAACAUAAUCAUGUGAGAUCUAGUUUGAUUCGUCUAAAUGUAAUUUUCAAUUAUGCA